AUGGCAGUAGAAGAGGGUGGUUGCGUGACGAAACGUUUACAAAAUGAGCUGCUACAGCUACUUAGUUCUACAACAGAAAGUAUUAGUGCGUUUCCCGUAGACGAUAAUGAUUUAACAUACUGGGUAGGGUAUAUUACAGGCCCUAAAGACACACCGUAUAGUGGACUUAAAUUCAAGGUUUCAUUGAAGUUUCCUCAAAACUAUCCUUUCCAUCCGCCAAUGAUUAAAUUUUUGAGUCCAAUGUGGCAUCCAAACGUGGAUAAGAGUGGCAACAUUUGUUUGGACAUUCUGAAAGAGAAAUGGUCUGCAGUGUAUAAUGUAGAAACAAUUCUAUUGUCAUUGCAGUCAUUACUUGGCGAACCAAAUAACAGAUCUCCGCUGAACGCUGUGGCAGCAGAACUUUGGGAUGCAGAUAUGGAGGAAUACAGAAAAAAGGUCCUGGCCUGUUAUGAAGAAAUCGACGAUUACUGA